AUGUUUGGAAGCUAUACUUUGACAAAGGCUGCUAAUCAGAAAGGGUUUGGAAUUGGCGUGUUGCUAAUAGCACCCGAUGGGUCCCACAUUCGACUCGCGUUCAAUCUAAAUUUUGAGGUCACUAACAAUCAAGCAGAGUACGAGGCUUGCAUUGUAGGUAUGGAAGCAACAAUCGAAAUCGGAAUAGAGAAAUUGGAAGUGGUGGGAGAUUCUAACCUGGUAGUGUCACAGGCCAAUGGUGAUUGGAAAGUCAAAGAAGAGCAGUUAAAGCCGUACCAUCAAGAUCUCGAGGAUCUCAUUCCUCAAUUCAACAAGGUAACCUUUACUCAUAUACCGAGGCUCAAGAAUCAAUUUGUGGAUGCCUUGGCAACGCUGGCAUCCAUGGUUGAGAUUCCCAUCGGUGUGAAGCUAAGACCAAUUGUGAUCGAACAAAGGGAAACACCGGUAUACCAGCAUGUCAUGGUUGUUGAUGAGCCUGAUGAUGGUCACCCUUGGUAUUAUGACAUUUGGAGAUUCAUAGAAAAAGGAGAAUACCCCAUUGAAGCAAGCAAGAAAGACAAAAUCGCUCUCCAAAGGACAGCAGCUCAAAACAUCAUUUGUGGAGGAAAUCUAUAUCGAAGAUCGCACUGCGGCAUGCACAAGUUAUGCACCCAUGGAGCAGAGACAAGAAGGGUAAUGGAAGAAAUUCACGAAGGUGUGUGUGGUCCUCACAUGAAUGGUAUGAUGCUCGCCAAGAAAAUCCUCAAGCAGGGAUAUUUCUGGUCCACUAUGGAAACAAAAUGUGUGGAAUAUUAUGGGGAAUUCAAUGGAAGGAUCGUGCCAGCGGCGUCUAAUGGCCAUAAAUUUAUUUUGGUGGCCAUUGAUUACUUCACGAAAUGGGUAGAAGCUGCAUCUUACACCACUCUAACCGCAGUUCAAGUUGCACACCUUAUUAAGCAAAAUGUCAUUUGCCGGUAUGGAGUCCCUCAGGCAUUUGUAUCCGACAAUGGGGUUCAUUUCAAGGGAAGAGCCAGAGAAGUCUUGGACGAGUUCCAGAUCCAAGUACAUAAGUCAACAACCUACUGGCCACAGACCAACAGAGCUGUGGAAGCAGCUAACAAAAUAAUCAAAGCCAUCCUAGAAAAGACCAUUCAAUCCGCAAGAAAUUGGCAUGAGCAGUUACCGCUGGCUUUGUGGGGAUAUCACACAUCCAUCCAUAUACCAACAGGGGCAACCCCUUGUAGGGGAUGA